AUGGCCAUCAUGAAGCUUGCUCACUUCAUAUCCAUCAUCUUCUUUUGGUCAUCAGCAACAACCACCGCCACCACCAACGGCGGGAUAAACUGGUGGUGCGCCCAAACCCCGCACUACCAAACCUGCCUUCACCAUGUAGCCGAGCCUAACCCCUCCUCUGCCAUCAUAUCUAUAAACCAGUUCCUAGACAUGACUGUACAAGCAGCAAUCGAUGAAGCAAAAGUGGUUCUAAAACAAACACAAAGAAUCGAGACCACGAUUCCAAAUGAUCCAGAAAAAAGCUUAUGGGCUAGCUGCGUUGACUAUUUCGACGAGACCAUGUUCACACUAAACAUGGUCUUAGACCACAGUACCCUUCAUCAGCCAACCCCACUUGACGUCCAAACAUGGAUCAGUUCUGGCCUAACCUAUAUCGACACGUGCGAAGAAGGGUUUGAAUUGAUUAAUAUAAACAACACCAUGCUAAUUCCUUCAAUCACAACCAAUUUAACACACUUAUUACUCAACUCUUUGGCUAUUAGUGUAGUUAUUAGAGGUAAUGAUAGUAUUCCAGGGGCCGUUGAUUGGAACUUUAGCAACGUGCACAAGGUGUCGGGUUUGGUGUUAGAUAAGCCAGACGUCGUGGUGGCUCAAGAUGGGUCAGGGGAUUUUAAAACGAUUCAUGGAGCCGUAAAUUCAGCAAGGAUGAACCGAAGAUCAGGAGCAACUAAUAAAAAGUACUAUUUGAUCUAUGUGAAAGCUGGAGUAUAUCAAGAAUACGUCAUGAUUCCUAAGACCAUACCGUAUAUUAAGAUGUUUGGGGACGGAAUUGGUAAGACGAUCGUCACUGGUGAUCGGCAUUUAGGUGGUCGCAUGCCAACAGCACGUCACCUGAAACAAUCUGCAACUUUUCGUAAGUAA